GCAGUGCACAUGCGCAGAUUCGCCGCCAACAUGACAGUUUGACUCGGGUCAGCUCAGGAAUUCUGCACUCGGACUUUACUAUGGACCUGAGAGGACGAUGGAGACUUUCUCUGGGAAACGGCUUCUGGUUCUGCUGCCUGCUCCUCGGUCUGGUGCUGCAUUCAGGUCCAGUGUAUUGUAUAGAAGUUAGUGCUCCAGAGGAAAUUAAAGCGGUACGUGGAGAGACGGUCACCCUGUCCUGCUCUUUCACUUCCACCAGUCGAGCCACCGACCUCCUGUCCGUCAACUGGUCCUUUAGACCUCAGAGUGGAGGCCUGGCCCACAAUUUCUUUCACUUCUCCUCCGCGAAGGCGUACCCCUCGUCGGAUGAGCGCUUUAAAGGCCGUGUGAAAUGGGUCGGCGCUCCGUCAUUGGGGGAUGCAUCGAUCCAGCUCCUCAACGCCUCGCUCAACGAUAAUGGCACGUACUCCUGCACCGUCCGCAACCCCCCCGAUGUCCACGGCCCGUCCUCCCAGACCGUCCUCACCGUCACGCCCAAGAAGGUGGGUGUGCGUUUCUCUGAUGUGGCUGUGUUGUUAUUGUUUAUUAUCGUGCCGUCGGGGCUGAUAGCGCUGGUGCUGUUAGUGCGAAUCUUGUGUCCGUGCUGCUCACCUGUGAAGAAGAGCUCGGGCCUCAGUCGCCACUCGCCUAUAGAGGUCACUGAUGGGGAGGAGUGCCUCUACAAGCAGCCCAAGCAGAAAACUCCAACAUGCUGUGAACUGUAUUUGCUGGACUCGGAUGACGAGGAGUACUAUCAUCAUCACGAGAAACAACGCAUGGAGACAAUAGCUGAGUCCCAGUGUUAGCCUCUACUGGACUCUAGCUCGUCCUGUAAUCGUCCUGACGUUUGUGUAGGAGCCUGGAAAAGAAACUGCAACUGGAUCAAACUUGCUAUAGACAAACUGUGCAGAUAGACCGACUCUAGCUUGCCUGUUUCAGGUUGGAGAUUGGUCUCAUAAACUUGUACUUAAAGCCUACACUGACCUGAUCCUCUGCUGGAGUUCAGUCCAUUCUGUUCACUCUUAAGGGUUUAAAAAAGGGUUUUUUGAGUUGAGGCCAUAUGGGGGAAACACUUGUGGUUUCUUAUAGCAGUGGUUCUCAAACUGAGGCAGAUCCCGAGAUGGUCCACCUUUUUGCUCUGACCUUUUAUGUUGGGAUGGAGUAAAAAUGUGGACAGCAUAGGGGUUCCUUUUGGACCAUUAUGGGAACCUCUGCACUACAGCGAUCCUCAGGCACCCCCAGACAGUCCAGAUUUUGUGCUUCCUAACUUGCAACCCAUAGGGUUAGAGCAAAAAUAUGGAGCAUCUGGUGGUCACUAAAGACCGCUUUGAGAACCACUGCUUUAAGAAGCACAGAACCUUUCAGUACACGUUUCAGUGCAAAUAAAAUGGCUGAAGAACAGAAUCUGAAACUUGAUUCUGUACUCAUUAAAGGUUAAUCAUACAUCCAAGCCAAGAACCAAUAUUGUGCUAAUGGCUAACAGAUGAUACGUUAUGCAACCCUAAUAACCUCCAGGGAUGAAUUUGAGAGGUUGAGGGUCUACAUUUGGUCUCUGGCUUACUGAAAAAUCUUAAUUUACAGCCCACCCGCAAUCCCUCCCCUCCCCAACCCAAAGGGUAGUCGUUUGACCAAGUUGUCCCAAAUGUUUAUUGCCUGAAAUUUGCUUCUUUAUUUUGCACUGGAGCUAUGAAGCUAAUGUUACAAGCCUACAAGUCAAACGAUUUUGGAAGUCUAGUUACCUACACUUCCAUUACUUGUUAGCUACAUUACCUUUGUAGCUUCAGCACAAAACUAAAGAAGCAAACCUCAGACACCAAACAUGAUCAAAGAGCAAAAAUAUCUACAUUUUGGGUAAAUUAGGUUACUGCCAAACUCCUCUGAUGGAUAAAUCAGAAACCAGGCCAAUGUCUGCUAUGAUAUCUUAAAUUCUAGUACUGCAGACUGUCCUUCAGUAAACUCAGCUCCACCAGCAAUGCUUCAAUGGGGAGUCAGGUCAGGCACCACCCUGAAGAGCUAAAUGUAUGAUUUCCACCUUCUUCUAUGGGAAAUUUGUAUUAACUGUACCUUCACUGGCCUAUUUAGAUGAUAUUUCCUUUGUCUCAGACCAUGUUCCGGAUUCACAGACAGAGUGCUGGAGUAAUUACAUGCUUAAUGGCAAUUCCCUGUUGAAAAUGUCUUUAGCGCAGAUGCCGUGUCAAACUACUGCUGAUUGACUCUCAGUUUCUGCCUUGCAUAUUAAACUGAGACUAUACUGGCACUCUAAAAAAAUAAAAUGAAAAGGUUCUUCAAUCAAAA